UCCUGUUCUUUUUAUAGCUGGACAGCUGAAAUGUGAGGGGUCACAAUGGGAGGAUAAAUACAAGGGCCAGCAGGCUGUGGGGUUGUCGCAGACGAAGGCCAGAACUUCUCCCGCCCUCUCUCUUCUCUCUCAGCUCUCCUCCUAAACUCAAAGUGUCAGGAUGCCUCACGCAUAUCCCUUCCUCACUCCUGAGCAAAAGAAGGAGCUCAGCGAUAUUGCUCACAGGAUCGUCGCUACCGGCAAGGGAAUCCUCGCCGCAGACGAAUCCACUGGCAGCGUGGCCAAGCGCUUCCAGAGCAUCAAUGCUGAGAACACUGAGGAGAACAGGAGGCUGUACCGCCAGCUCCUCUUCACCGCUGACGACCGCGUCAACCCUUGCAUUGGUGGCGUGAUUCUCUUCCAUGAGACCAUGUACCAGAAGACUGACGAUGGCAAAACCUUCCCCCAGUACCUCAAAGAAAGAGGCAUGGUGGUUGGCAUCAAGGUCGACAAAGGUGUUGUUCCACUGGCUGGAACCAACGGCGAGACAACAACCCAGGGUCUUGAUGGACUAUAUGAGCGCUGUGCCCAGUACAAGAAGGAUGGUGCCGACUUCGCCAAGUGGCGCUCUGUGCUGAAGAUCACCCCCACCACUCCCUCAAGACUGGCCAUCAUAGAGAACGCUAAUGUCCUGGCUCGCUAUGCCAGUAUCUGCCAGAUGCACGGCAUCGUCCCCAUCAUCGAGCCUGAGAUUCUCCCUGAUGGUGACCACGACCUGAAGCGCUGCCAGUACGUCACUGAAAAGGUCCUGGCUGCUGUUUACAAGGCCUUGUCCGACCACCACGUCUACCUGGAGGGCACCCUGCUCAAGCCCAACAUGGUUACCGCCGGACACUCCUGCUCACACAAGUACAGCAACCAGGAGAUUGCCAUGGCAACUGUCACCGCCCUGCGCCGCACUGUGCCCCCUGCAGUCCCUGGCAUUACCUUCCUGUCUGGUGGCCAGAGUGAGGAGGAAGCCUCUGUCAACCUGAACGCCAUGAACCAGUGUCCUCUGCACAGGCCAUGGGCCGUGACCUUCUCAUACGGCCGUGCCCUGCAGGCCUCUGCCCUCAAAGCCUGGGGAGGCAAGAAGGAGAAUGGAAAGGCAUGCCAGGACGAGUACAUUAAGAGAGCUCUGGCUAACAACCUGGCCUGCCAGGGUAAGUAUGUGACCUCUGGAAGCAGCGCUGCUGGUGGAGAGUCUCUGUUCGUAGCCGACCACGCUUAUUAAACAUGGAACCUCAGCGUUUCGCUUUCCACCUUCUACCCACCACGUCACGUCACCACAGAAGAGGAAGUGUCAUCUUAGACCCCUGCCUCGGAAACUGUCUCUCUGCUACUGAACGAUCACACGGCACCUCGGUAUAAAGCAAAAGAUGGAAACAACUUUUCUUUUGGUUGUUGCUGAGCUUGGAGAUUCUGGAAAAAAAUGUUCUGCCUCCAUUCCCUCACCUUUUAUUUUUAAACACCUUUUUCAGGUGAAGAUUCCAACAUUGUUUUUACACAACUUGUGCUAUUAUAUCCUUGGUCUGAUUCCACCAUGCGCAGUAUAUGUUUUAUACUGGAACUAAGGAAUAAAGCAUUUCCCCGAAAA